AUGGGAGCACCACGGCGGCUGACUCGUCAUGGCAAAGUCACUCAAAGAGCCGUGGUUAUACUUAAAGUUGGGUGGGGGUACGGAACUUUUGACAUGAACGCGCAGCCUCGACCUUGUCAGAAUCUCCUUAUCGGGAUUCAAAUAAGAGGCCAGAAAUUUGCUGUGUCUCUCUGGCUGUACUCCGGGUUCCUUGGGACCCACCGAAAUAAUCAAAUCUCCCGUCCUGAUGGUUUCUGGCAUCUUUCUGGUCGAACAGGACAAGCCGACAAGGCGCAGGAGCCUGACACAGCAUGCAAGGCCAACCAUCAGUGGAUGAGUCUAUACUAUAAUUCUGCGGGCUGUAUAUUCAUCAUCGACCUUGGGCCUUGCGGAGUGCCCGUGUCUAAACAGGACACUGACAAGGUCAUGGUCCUGGUCCAAGAGGCCGAUCAGCCCGUCUUCCCUCUCGACUAUACGGCGAGACUGGACGAACGAAGCUUUGGAAGGCCAUGA